AUGGCCUCCUACGUUUACUUCCGCUUCGCCUGCUCCACCGACAUGGACGUCGUGCGAUUCGACGGAGAGUUCAUCACCGCGGGCGAGCUCAAGUACCUGGUGGAGCGCAAGACGGGCGUGCACAGGGACCGCACGGUGGUGCUGGAGCUGUACGACCCCAGCACGGGGGAGCGGUAUACGCGGCCGGGCGCGGUGAUACAGAAGUGCAAGUCGGUGAUCGCCAAGCGCAGCCCUCGCGUGAAGCCGCCCAGCAUCGUGGCCAAAAGGGCCACGGGCACGGCUGCUGGGGUGGCUGUUGAGGGGAAGGGCGAUGCGGAGGAGAAGCUGCAAGUUGUAAAGAAGGAUCUGGAUGAUUUGCUGCUGGGUCCGCGGCCGUUUGAGGCGCAGGGGGAGGGAGGGCGAUCGCCGGGGAAGGCGGCUGGCGACGUCCGGCGGGCCGGAGGGGCGGAAACGCACCGCGGGUCGUCGAAAUCGGCUGAGGAAUUGGGGUCGCGUGGAGAAGGGGCGGCGCGGAGGAGCUGCGCGAGAGCGCAGGCGGCGGGAUACGGGGGUGUUUUGUCGCGGGCCGGGGAGAGCGGCAUCGGGAGUGGGCCGACCGCUGGGAAAGGGGAGGGCGGGGCACUCACUUCGAUGAAAAACGAAGGGGGGAGGGGGCAAUUGAAUGCGAAAGAUGGGAUUGUCUCCUCAGGGGCCGCUGGUCGGCGGCAGCCUCGCGGAGAGGUGAAGAGCGGCCCGCGAUGGGGAGGUCCUUCGGGGAGGCGCUCCCACGGCGAGUGGCCAGUGGAGGUGCACAAACCAGUCAGAGCAGAGAAUGAGUUGUCUCCGGGCAACACCUUGGAUAAGUGCUGCGCGAAGGGCUCCGCCCCAUGGCUGGGAACAACGUCGCAAGAGGACGAUUUUGGAUUAAUGCUGCCCUUCAUACACGAGCUCCUGCCCAUUGCACCGCCAGGGUUGCUGAAGAAAGUGUUUGGGGAUGGCGCGCCAGUGUCUGAGCAACAGUGGGAGACCCUUAAGAAGGAGCACAGCGAGAGGAUGGUACGCCUGCGACCAUCCACUUUCACGAGGUAUGGAUGA